UGUGUGUCAUUGUGUGUGCGGCGCUGUCGGUGUGUCAGUCUGUGCGUGUGUCGCUCUCGGUGUGUUUGACUUGUCAGAGUGUUUGUGUGUAACUCAGCGUGUCGCUGUCAGCGUGUCAGUCUGUGUGUGUCACUGUGUCACUGUGUAUCACUGUGUCACUGUGUGUGUCACUGUGUGCCAGUCUGUGUGUGUCACUGUGUGUCACUGUGUGCCAGUCUGUGUGUGUCACUGUGUGUGUCACUGUGUGCCAGUCUGUGUGUGUCACUGUGUGUCACUGUGUGUGUCACUGUGUGCCAGUCUGUGUGUCACUGUGUGUGUCACUGUGUCGUUGGCUGUGUGCCACAACAAUGUGUUGGUGCAUAUCGCACGGUGUGCAUGUUCCACUGAGUUUGCGUGUGUCUACUAACGUCGUGUGUGCGUGUCACUUUGUGCGCUGUGCCUAACCGUGGCUGUAACUCCUGGACUGUCAUUGUAAAUUCAUCAUCACGUGGUUGUGGUUUUAGUGCACCGAUUAUCUUGCGAUCACAUCAUCGGUUUUGGGCAUUGUGGUUGCAUGUGCGUUUGUUGUGGUUGUGAUUCUGAUCAUUGCGGUGCUCGUGUGUCUCAGGUGGUACAAUAGUUGUUGGUUGUUAUUGUUGAUAUCCGCCUGCGGUGCUUGCUGAUCGAGGCCAUCGGCGGUGCAGAGGAGGACGAAAUGAAACUCUCGCCUCGCCUCGCCCCGGAAUGCCUCUCGCUGGUGCCGCUGCGCUGCUGUAGGCGGUGGGAUCUGUGAGCUGCCGUCCGUCGCGGUGCCGGGAGGAGCCGGAAGGAGCCAUGAGCUCGCGAUGGGCCCCGUGGGAGGGAGUGGUGCGCACGUGCCAGCGCAUGGCGCGGACCAAGACCCUCGACGCCGACCUCAUGGAGACGUCGCUCACGCGCUGCCUUUCCACGCUCGACCUCACGUUGCUCGGCCUCGGAGGCAUGGUGGGCUCGGGCCUCUACGUGCUCACGGGCACCGUGGCCAAGUCGAUGGCGGGCCCGGCGGUCAUCAUCUCGUUCCUGUUGGCCGGCCUGGCCUCCAUGCUGGCGGCGCUGUGCUACGCGGAGUUCGGAGCGCGGGCGCCGCGGGCCGGUUCGGCGUACCUCUACACGUACAUGACCAUGGGCGAGGUGUGGGCCUUCAUGAUCGGCUGGAACGUCGUGCUUGAGUACAUGAUCGGCGGCGCCGCCUUGGCGCGCGCCUGGAGCGGCUACUUCGACGCCAUCUUCGAGCACAAGAUCCAGAACUUCACCCUCACCCACGUCGCCUCCUGGGACGUGCCGUUCCUCGCCCACUACCCCGACUUUCUCGCCUGCGGGAUUUUGUUUAUCGCGACAAUUUUGGUUUCCUUUGGCACCAAAGUAUCCUCUUGGAUCAACCACCUGUUCGCCGUCAUCAGCAUGGGGGCCAUCCUUUUCAUCCUCGUGUUCGGCUUCACACUGGCCGAUCCGCAGAACUACAGCAAAAAGGAGGGCGGCUUCGCUCCGUUCGGAUUCUCGGGCAUCAUGACGGGGACGGCCACGUGCUUCUUUGCCUUUGUCGGCUUCGACGUGAUCGCGUCAUCGAGCGAGGAGGCUCGGGACCCAUCUCGCUCCGUUCCGGUGGCCACGGCGCUGUCGCUGGUCCUCGCCACGCUGGCCUACACCCUGGUGGCCACGGUGCUCACGCUCAUGGUGCCCUGGCACUCGCUGGUGCCCGAGUCGGCGCUGUCAGAUGCCUUCUCCCGCCGGGGGCACCCGUGGGCCGGCUUCAUUGUCUCCACCGGCUCCAUAUGCGCGAUGAACACCGUGCUGCUGAGCAGCCUCUUCUCGUUGCCGCGCAUCAUCUACGCGAUGGCCGACGACGGGCUCUUCUUCUCCGUCUUCUCUCACCUGCACGCCGUCACCAAGGUUCCCGUCAACGCCAUCGUGGUGUUCGGAACACUGACGGCCGUGCUGGCCACGCUGUUCGACCUGGAGGCGCUCGUGCAGUUCCUGUCCAUCGGCACGCUGCUGGCGUACACCUUUGUAGCGGCGAGCAUCAUCGUGCUGCGCUACCAGCCCGACCGCACCUUGCAGAGCGAGUUCCUGGACAUCUCGCCGGACAAGGAAGGCGAGCGGCGCGACACGGCCGGCUACGAGUCGUUCUCGGACAAGCUGCGUCUCGUGGGGAAGCAGCGGGGAGAAAACAGACGCGCGGCAGGCCGGCUGCCUCAAGGCCAGGUUCCGUGUGUGCCAUUCCUGCCGGCCCUGAGCAUGCUCAUCAACAUCACCCUGAUGCUGAAGCUCAACUACAUGACGUGGGUGCGCUUCAUGGUGUGGAUCGUUGUCCGGCCUGUCAUCUACCUGUCGUACGGGAUGUGGCACAGCAAGGAGCGGCUGCGGGAGCCGGCUCCGCGCACGGUGACCGCGCGCUACGUCGUCAUCCCCAGUGGCCGUCUCUCCGAGAGCCUGCAGCCCGUGCAGCCCCCGGGGGACAGGCCCUGCAGCCUCAGCGACAGCGACAGCGACGCCGAGUUGGACGGCGUCUCCAACCGCCAGAGAUAGGUGCCUGCAGGCCUCGGGGGCUGAGGCCUCCUGUAGGCCUCAGAGUCUUUCUGGGACUCGGGGUCUCACUGGUCCUCGGGGACUUACUGGGACUCAGGGUCUCACUGGGACUCGGGGUCUCCCUGGGCCUCAGGGCCUCGGGGGGCCUCGAGGUCUCACUGGGACUCAUUGUCUCACUGGGCCUCGGGGUCUUCCUGGGCCUCGGGGGGCCUCAAGAUCUGGUUGGGCUGCACGCGAAGUGAAGUUGCCCCUGCUGAGGGCGCAGGGCUGGUUUGUGGAGAACGCUCGCUCGUUGCAGGUGACGUCUGGCUGCACUGAGCACGUGGACGCGUUCAGCGUUUGUCGGAAUCCUUAAUGAGAGGCGGGCGCCACACAGCAUCGAAAGACACCCUCCGCAGUUAAUUUAAAGGAAGACGCAAUGCAAAAACCCCACAUUGGUUGUGAACAAAACAUUUAUGGCAAUGUCCAGUU